AUGGCCGAAUCUGGGCUUCAGAAACACGUACCCGUAGUUGAAUCAAAGAUUCGAUUAGCACUGAAUCGCAUGCGAGAAGAAAUGGAGAGGAAUGACUACACUGUGAGCACAUCUUUGAUCCUGUCGAGGAAUGAACUAACGAGCUUCAAAAAGGACGUGUAUCACUGGUUCCUUUCAAUGGCCACCGACAUCAUCGGCGAGCUCAGCUUCGGUGAAUCUUUCCGAAUGUUGGAGACUGGAGAGGAGAACCAAUAUAUCAAAGACAUGCAGAGUGUGGCCCAGGCCGGGGGAGUACGGGUCACCUUCCCUUUCUUGCUGCCAAUUUCGAAAUUCGUGAAAAUUCCGGUGAUCAGCGAAGCUGUUGCCAACCAAGAGAGACUCAUUGCUUAUGCAGACCAGUCCAUCAAGCGUCACCAGAAGUUGGCCGAAAAUGCAAACGAAAAGACGAGCAACACACUUUUCUCCAAACUCUACGACCAAGUAGACGGAGGGAACCUGAGCUUCAUCGAAGUGCGCGACAACGCUGUGGGAUACAUUGUUGCGGGCUCAGACACUACAGCAAACGUGAGGGAUAUCCUCGUAGCAGAACUGCGUGGCCUGCCACCAAACUUCAAUUACGAGCAAGUCAAAGGCCUCGAAUAUCUUGGCUACGUCAUUGAAGAGACCCUGCGCCUUUACCCGGCGGCACCGGCUGGUUUACCCCGGCUCGUCCCGUCCGGCGGCGCGGAACUCGGCGGUUAUUAUCUCCCAGCCGAUACGGUCGUGAGUACCCAAGCAUGGAGUUUGCACCGGGACCCUAAAGCAUUCCCGAAUCCGCUCAAGUUCGACCCUGGACGAUGGGAACAUGCGACCAAGGCGAUGAAGGAGUCAGUCCUCACUUUUGGCGGGGGUAGCCGUGGUACGUAUACAUCAUAG